CUAGCCGAGUUUCAGAUGAAUACACCCAUGCUUUUUGAAUAUAAAUAAAGCUCGCGAUUCAUUCAUAUAUUCUUUCUUUGCGUUAUUGCAUACAAGCUGAAAACAUGAAGGUUAUCUCUGCUGUUCUCUUUGCUCUUGGCUCUUUUAUGGUCAAAUCUACUGUUGAAGGCUACCACAUAAUGGACAACUACCCAUCUCGUAACUGCCACUCUGAUCCAAUGGGUGAUGACAGACUUCAAAUCUGCUGGAAGGCUUGCUUUUCUGAGAAGCCCAGAUGUCCUACAGGCUGGGAACCAGACAGAGUAGGCCACUGCUGGACCUGUUGUCGUAAAGAAGACAAUGAAGACUACGAUAUCAUGAAUCCAAAAGUACAUGUUACUCUUUAACAAUAAAGUACACAUCUUUCUUUCCAAAUUGGUACGAAAUUGUCUUUUUUGUAUUUUCAUAGUCUACCAGUAGAUGAAGAGAUGUCGUCUACGCUUCAUAAGAUAAAGCCUUUUACUUUCGUCCUUUUUGUAUGAAAAGCUGAAUGGAAUGUCAUAAAAUUCGAUAAACUGUCAAAAAAGCAGAUAGACCAAGAUUUUACUUAACUUUAUGUACUGCG